GUCAUAGAGACCCAAAGUCCCAUCUCAAACAACGACAACUAGUUCGAAAUCGAGAGAAGAGCUCAGAAGAAACGGACACGGCCACCUAGGUCUGUUUAGGGGAGCAGCACCUUCCUGUUUCUCUCUCUUUCUCAAAAACCCUAAAAUUCUUAGCCGUUGAUUCUUGGUGUUAAUUUAAAGUGGUUCCACCUGGACUUCCACCUCACUCUCCUAAACUCCAUGAUAGCAGGGAUUUGUUGUAGGGGAAAUUUGGAUAAGAUAGGGAUUAAUUGAAUUAGACUGGUUGGUAAAGGUGCUGGCUUUUAUGAGUUUGGAACUUUGGGGCUUCAAAUCUGUUGGCUGAAUAGUGCAAUUUGAAAGGGAUUUUUCAGUCUUUUCCCCCCCUCCCUCUUUCCUUUUUGGGGGUUCAAUGUAAUGUGGGGGAGGUCUUCAACACCAGCAUCCAAAUUUUAUUUUGGGUGCUUAUUAGAGAUCUUUGGGAAUAAACGUGAUCUGGUUGAUUUUGAAGUGGAGGAGUGUUUGGUGAGCCAAUUGAAAUGGGGACAGGGGAAGAGGGCACACCCUCUAAGCCUUCCAAACAAGCUUCUACAGCUCAGGAAAUACCUACACAGCCUUCGUAUCCUGAUUGGUCCAGCUCUAUGCAGGCUUAUUAUGGUGCUGGAGCUGCUCCACCGCCCUUUUUCGCUUCCUCUGUUGCUUCACCAGCACCACACCCAUAUAUGUGGGGAGCCCAGCAUCCUAUGAUGCCGCCUUAUGGAACUCCUGUUCCAUACCCUGCUAUAUAUCCUCCAGGUGGAGUUUAUGCUCAUCCGGGUAUGGUCACGACUCCUACUUCAGUACCACCAACAAAUCCAGAGUCGGAAGGGAAGGGUGCAGAUGGGAAAGAGCGAGCUUCAGCCAAAAAACCCAAGGGAGCUGCAGGAAAUACAGUUAAGGCUGGGGAGAGUGGAAAAGCAACUUCUGGUUCUGGAAAUGAUGGAGCUUCACAAAGUGCUGAAAGUGGCAGCGAGGGUUCAUCAGAUGGAAGCGAGGAGAAUGGUAACCACCAGGAGUAUGGUGCAAACAAGAAGGGAAGCUUUGACAAGAUGCUUGCAGAUGGAGCAAAUGCACAAAAUAACACAGCUUUAGUGCCUGGGAAGCCUGUAGUUUCUAUGCCUGCAACUAGUCUGAAUAUGGGAAUGGACUUGUGGAAUGCAUCCCCCGCUAGUGCAGGAACUGCAAAAAUGAGAGGAAAUCAAUCUGGAGCCCCAUCAGCUGUCGGUGGUGACCAUUGGAUUCAGGAUGAACGGGAACUGAAAAGACAGAAAAGGAAGCAGUCAAAUAGGGAGUCUGCUAGGAGGUCAAGAUUGCGGAAGCAGGCGGAGUGUGAAGAGCUACAAAAAAGUGUACAGGGACUGACCAAUGAGAAUCAUGGCCUUAAAGAUGAGCUGCAAAGGCUCUCCCAGGAAUGCGAGAAGCUUGUGUCUGAAAAUACUUCUAUAAAGGAAGAGUUGACACGAUUGUGUGGACCAAAUUUAGUAGCAAACAUUGAACAUCAAUCUCGUGGCGGUGAGGGCAACAGUUGAGAUGGUACUGGUCUCUCUUUGUAGUAACGGAUUUUUAUUGAGCUCCGGAGCCAUGACCCUCACUUUAGUUGAGUGUAGAACAUUUGUUUUUCUUAUACUAAUUUAUACGCUUAACCCUACUCUGUAACUGUAUCGUUUAUUUAUGAACUGUUAACUGAGUUGGGUCCUUGAUGGAGCAACCAUGGCGAUUGUUGUAUCAUUGGAAAAGAGUAUAUAAUAGAUAACUUCCGUCUUCUCCUUA